AUGAAAUGUUCAACCUCGGAACAACAACCCCAAAGGGCAGCUACUGCUUCGUCAAUCCCAAGUAGUGAGAAAGAAACGGAGGAAAGCAGAGAACCAAUUCCCCCACCACGUUCAACAUCUCCAAUGGUGGAAACGGAGACAGAGGAAGAAUCACAGGAAAACAAAAAGAAAAGAGCGAGUAAGGCAAUUUGGACUGCAAUCUCACCAAACAAAGCAAGUCGACAAAAAGAACAACAACAGCAAUCAACUACUCCCCUUGUGUGCUCAGCUUCCCGAUUCUCUGUUCUGGAGAUAGAAGAGAAUCAGGAAGAUAAGUCAACUGAUGCGCCUUUUGCAGCCUCGCCCUCCCGUUUCUCUGAGUCGGAGCUGGAUGAGGAGAUAAAGACGAGGUUAGUGAUACAGACGUAG